GUAAUGAGUGAGUUGAGUGAGCCAGCAAGUGAAUAUGUAAAUGUAAUGUAAAAUGUCUUUACCGGGGAUUUUCGGUUAAGAUAUUCAAAAAGAUGUAACAUAGCAGCACUAUAAAGAGACAAGUGAUUGGUAGUAUGGUUUAAAAAAUGCCAUCUGAAGUUAAUGUUAGUGAUACAACUUUUGAGAAGAACAAUGGAGGAGAUGAUUCUGAAGAACAGUCUGUUGCGUUAUUAACUGUUAGCACAACGAAUCAAGAGUCUUCAACCACAGUGAAACAUGUGGAAAGUAAUUCUAUAAGAAGUAAUCAUGAAGCAUUCACAUCUGAUAUUACAAAUGAUUUUAUAGAACAAAAUGAGAAUGCUUCUGUACCAUUAGAUACAAAUUGCAUGGCAACUGAAAAUGGUUUACAGCAAGGAGAAGUAUCUUCUUGUGAACAGAAAGGAGUAAACGACACAGAUGAUGCUAACACAUUAAGCUCCUUUGAAGAACCAAAUCCUUGUUCUACAUCAAAAUGUAAUGAAGAAAAUGUGAAUUUGAAAUCUGCUGUUUCUGCAACAUCAACAUCAACAUCACACCCAGUUGGUACAAGUGAAGAUAGUAGCAACAUUUCAAGUAAAUUUAAUAAUGAAGUCACACAGAACUCAAGUCAAAGGCUUACCUCAUUGUCUCAUAAGAAUUUAACAAGAAAGAAGUGUUUUCUGGCUAGCAUCGAAAACAAUAUUGAAAACAUAGCAAGUACUUCAGAGCAGUUACCUUUAUCCUCCAGAAAUAUGAUAAGAAAGAAACAGUUUUUUAGCAGGGAUGUACAAUCUAGUAGUACAGAAUCUCAAUACGAACAGAAUGCAAGAGAACAACAUAAUGAUAAUGAUGACAAUGUGUACAGUGAAAAUAGUAGGGGUUCCAGUUUAAAAGAUUAUAGUUUACCCUUGGAAAGCCUAGCUUCGUGUACUUCAAAUGAUCGUAUGCAGUUUCAGAGCACAUCAACAAAUGAAGCACACAGUAAUAAUAUUGUAAAUGCACACAAACCGUUAAGUUUAUCAGAGAAUAAUAAUAAGAGUACAAGUGAAAAUUUAAGCCGCUUAAAUGAAGCUGGUAGUUCGUAUUCCCAUGUAUCUAAAAGUGUGCCAAAACCUCAAAAUACUUUGGCAGACUUAGUACAUUGUAAUAAUCUUACAAGAAAACCAUUCAAACUGCCAAUUUUAGAAAAUUUACAUGUAACUGCCAGUGCUCAACAAACUGAACUGGAAGAGAAUGCUGUGGCACUUUUAGAACCAUCCUCUACCAGACAAAUACGUUUAGACGAGACUCAAGGUCUAGAUGUAGAACCACAUCGUUCUUCGAAUAGCAGCGACGGAAGUAAUUCUGAUACAGAAUCACAGCAGGCAGUUCUAGGUCAUAAUGGGACCAAAAAGAGGCCAUGUGACACAAAUGGUGUUGUAACAAAAGAAGGUGUGGAAUAUUAUCAAUUAUGGCGAAGUACAGGAGGCUUCUCAUCACCUGAACGUUUGUACGAAACAUUAUAUCCAAGUCCUCCACCACUUCCACCACGGACAACGCACAAACUUUUACACAGAAGUAAUGCUGGCCCACCAGAAUUACCUAAACGGUAUCUUCAAAAAUACCCAGCACCCUUGCACCCCGAAGAUUGUUUUGGAUUUGAAAUUGUAGAUGUUGAUGAAGCUUCUAAUUCAAAGUCACGGACAGCCGUUACGAAAAGUAUAGCAUUAUUAAGUUCACCGAGGGCGCAUAGACCGCUGGAAAGACCAGAAACCGGGGUAACGAAUCAUUUGGAAUGUCCACCAACGCCUACGCAUCGCCCAAAGCCAUUGCGUCCAUUACCGAUGUGCCAAACAUCAAGUGUAUCAUUUCCCUCGGACGAACUCCUACCUCCGUGCUGGGAAGCAAGAAUCGAUAGCCACGGGCGGGUAUUCUACAUAGAUCACGUUAACCGAACUACGACUUGGCAGAGGCCCAGUUUAACAACACGAAACACUGGUUGCGAUCUUAGAAGGCAGCAAUUGGACAGGCGUUAUCAGAGUGUACGUCGGACCAUUUCUCGACCUGACAAUAUUGAUCGUGAGCAGACCACCGUUCCAUGUCAGCAUGGAAAUGGAAGUAACUUAGAGUAUACUGAACGAGCACCUGAACGACUGCCUGAACGACUGCCUGAACGACUGCCUGAACGACUGCCUGAACAAGCUGAAAGAAACGAAUCCGAACCGUUCGAUGUUAACACGAGUCCUCCAGUAUUAUUCUUAACAAGACCGGACUUCUUUACAGAAUUACACACUAAUGCAGAAGCAUUAGAAGUGUAUAAUCGUAAUCCCAGCCUAAAACACAUGAUUAAUAGAAUCAGACGGGAUACAUCAGCGUUUCCGAGAUACGAGCAUAAUAGGGAUUUGGUCGCUUUAAUAAAUGUCUUUGCCGAUCCGAAUAAGGAGCUUCCAAGAGGCUACGAAUCAAAGCUUGAUAGAACAGGCAAAAAAUUCUUCAUUUGUCAUGCUAGAAAAGCUACAUCUUUCAUUGAUCCACGAUUGCCUACUGAAGCAGCACAUGCACGUACGUUAUUAGAUGAAGCACCUGUACCACCGCCAAGACCACAGCAAUCGGCUGUUACGACAACACCCGAUAUACCUGUAGCUUAUAAUGAUAAAGUUGUUGCCUUUUUGCGUCAACCGAAUAUAAUGGAUAUUUUGAAGGAAAGACAUUCGGUACUGGGACAGAAUAUCGUACUCAGGGAGAAAGUAAAUACUAUACGAAUUGAAGGCACUGCUGCUUUACAACGAUUAGGUCAUGACGUACCUCUGGCAUUAUUAUUAAGCUUAUUCGAACAAGAAAUUAUGUCAUACGUACCUGGGAACGUGGUCAGAUCUCCACUAGGUAGUCCGCAUGCUUCACCUGGCUUAACCAGAGCUUCUGCUAGAGCUCCAGCUCCACACAGAAGAGAUUUUGAAGCUAAACUUAGAACGUUUUACAGGAAGCUAGAAAGUAAAGGAUAUGGGCAAGGUCCAGGAAAGCUAAAAUUACAUAUUAGGAGAGAGCAUCUUUUGGAAGACGCUUUUACACGCAUCAUGGGUGCUUCAAAGAAAGAUUUACAGAAAGGCAAGCUGGUAGUUAUGUUCGACCACGAAGAAGGUUUAGACUACGGCGGACCAUCCCGUGAAUUUUUCUUUCAUCUGUCUCGUGAGCUUUUUAAUCCUUACUAUGGAUUGUUUGAAUAUUCUGCCAAUGAUACGUAUACUGUGCAAGUGUCCCCAAUGUCAGCUUUUGUAGACAAUUACCAUGAUUGGUUUAGAUUCUCUGGCAGAGUUUUAGGUCUCGCCUUGGUUCAUCAGUAUCUGCUUGAUGCCUUCUUCACGAGACCUUUUUAUAAGGCUCUCUUAAGAAUACCAGCAAGUUUAAGCGACUUGGAAAGUUUAGACCAAGAAUUUCAUCAGAGUUUGAUGUGGAUUAAAGAGAAAGAUAUCAGUAUAGAGCCAUUGGAAUUAACUUUUUCGGUGACAGAGGAACUACUAGGGCGAGUAGCUGAACGUGAAUUAAAACCAGGAGGUAGAAAUAUUGCUGUCACCGAAAAAAAUAAAAAGGAAUACUUGGAGAGAGUUGUGCGCUGGAGACUCGAGCGUGGUGUUGCAGAACAAACGGAGUCCUUAGUUCGUGGAUUUUACGAAGUUGUAGAUCCACGAUUAGUAUCAGUCUUUGAUGCACGUGAGCUGGAAUUGGUAAUAGCAGGAGCGGCUGAAAUUGAUCUGAAUGAUUGGAGAACGCAUACAGAAUAUAGGAGUGGUUAUCAUGACGCCCAUCCCGUCGUGGAAUGGUUUUGGAGCAGUAUCAGUCGAUUUACAAACGAACAAAGAUUAAGGUUAUUACAGUUUGUCACGGGAACAUCAAGCAUUCCAUAUGAAGGAUUUGCAGCGUUGCGUGGGUCCACUGGACCACGGAAAUUUUGCAUUGAAAAAUGGGGAAAGCCAAAUAGUUUACCAAGAGCACAUACAUGCUUUAAUCGCUUGGAUCUUCCGCCAUAUCCUACACCUGAAAUUUUGUAUGAGAAGCUUCUACUGGCCGUAGAAGAGACGAAUACGUUUGGAAUAGAAUAAAGUAAAUUGUUUAUCUUGAUUACAGCAGAUAUAUGUGGCAAUGCAAC